AUGGAGCACAAGGCAGAUGCCUUUUGGAAGCUGCACGCAAAGCUUGGCGAGGCCCAUCGUCAGGCCAUGUCAGAGUUGACGCUCAAGCUUCAGCUGGGUCAGGUCUCCUCGUCUAAACGCAGCGGCGGGUCACCAGAAUUGCAAGACUCUGUCGGUUCUGACGGGAGCGAGGCUUCGGAGGAGGACGAGUCCGUCGCAUCCCUGAACCACGACCGAGAUCGCUCGUUAAACGAGGCCGUUGGAUCGGGUGGCUUUCUUCCGCGCAGUGGAUCUAAGCUCAGCUUCACAGGCGCCCAGCUGUCGGUGCCCAUGCACCCGGCGUCUCCGCCGGCCUCCUCGCCCACGAACAGCAUCAAGAGGCGGAGCGCGACCGUUGACAGCACUACCGGUCGCGGUGGUCGACAGCGAUGCCUCAGCUCCGCUUCCUUCAUGUCGGGCUUGAAUCCCGACUUCGCCGGCCUUAGCGAAGUUGGUGACAUCUCGCAAGCAAUCGUGGGAGCGGACGAGGACAGCAAGGCGAGAGAGAUCGCGGCCAAACUUCAGGAAGCUGUGGCAGCCCUUGAGCCCCAGGAACACGCAGCCCUCCUCAACCGGCACGCCAUUCCCCACCUGAAGCAGAAGUUGCCAAGCCUGGAAGAGGACGAGGAGGAUGAGACCGUUUUUGCCCCGAGGAUGGAGUGGUCCGCUGCUGAGCGUAACAGCAGGUCGAGGGCCUCCUCGCGGAAACCUGCCACGACGCUGACCAGCCAGAUGGACCUAGCUGAUGACAUUCCAGAGAUGGGACAGACCCGACAGUUCACCAGCAAUCUGUAUCAUCCGACGCGCCGUCGUUGGCCGCAGCUGGUCUUCAUGCCCACCGGCACCUUCAGGACGGCCUGGGAUUUCUUCAACAUUGUCGUCUUGACCCUGGAGCUGAUCCUGCUUCCGCUACAUGUCUUCGAGGGGAUGGUGCCCACACCUGGGCUCAUCGGCCUAUCAUGGGUCAUUCAGAUCUUUUGGAACAUGGACAUUGUGGUCAACUUUCGGACCGGCUUCUACAUGCGGGGCAACGCCAUCAAGGAGACCAAGCAGAUUGCGCUGUACUACCUGAGAGGCUGGUUACUUUGCGACUUUUCGAACGUGGUGUUGGAUUGGUACGUGGACAGUGUUGACUCCUACCCCUCGGCCGUGUUGUCGCAGACCGACGCCAGCGUGCUGUAUUACUUGGUCAUUACCAAGUUCAUUCUCCGCCUGGUGCGCUUCGCCAAGCUGAACAGGAUUGCGCAGUCUCUCGUCCGUAGGCUCAACUCCGACACCGCCAUCGCGAAGGCCAAGAUCUUCCUGCUCUCGUGCCAGAUCCUGCUUAUGCAGCAUGUACUUGCAUGUGUCUGGUACAGAGUGGGCCGUGUCUCAGAGACGGAAGGCUGGGUAACCCAAUUCGGCUUCGGCGAGCAAGAUGCGGACUACAGGUACACCACAUCUCUGCAUUGGAUGUUCUGCCAGCUGGGCUUCGGAUCUACGAGCAUUGAGGGAAGCACCACACUGGAGCGCACCUUCGGACUCAUCGUGGCCUUCUUGGCCCUGGUGGUCUUCUCUACCCUUCUGGGUGCCAUCACAAGCCUUACGACUCAGCUGAACAAGGCUUCCGAGGAGCGCAAGCACCAGUUCCGCCAGCUGAGGAAGUACCUGAGCCAGCACCACAUCAACGAGGAUCUUUGCCUGCGCAUCACCGGUUUCCUCGAGGAGGCCUACAAGCUGCGCCAGGCAGGACUGGUCGAGUCCCAGGUUACGCUGCUGGAGUUGUUGUCCAAGCCCCUGCGGGGCGAACUGCAAUAUGCCAGGUACGAGAAAUGUCUCGAGGAGAUGUCCUUUGUGAGGGAUGAGUUGUUGGUCCACGACAAUCCUCGGAACCUCCAGGCGGCGAAGAACCUGGCCACCGAAGCCCUGGCGCACAGAACCUUUGCUCCAGCCGACACCAUCUUCGAGGCUGAGGUCAUUGCCAACCACGCCUAUUUCCUGACCUCGGGUCUGCUUGUCUACGAGCUCAAUGGCUACAAAGUGCGGUUGCAAGACAGCCGGUGGCUAGUGGAGAUGAGCUUGUGGAUCCCCUGGCUUCACUUAGGUGAACUCCAUACGGAGGACGUCUCCAGCCUAGUCAUGCUCGAGGUCGGAAAGUUUGCUGCCAGCAUUCGGCGGUCCUCCAACGGUCAGAGCCUGGCACAGGCCUGA